AUGGCAUUUCAGGACAAACUGGAAAUGAUGACAGCAAUCGAUUACAAUGACAAUGCUGCUCAGAUGGAUGUAAUACCUGAACCACCACCGCCUCCCGAUUGGACCUACUCGAAGGACAAAAAGAAACGAAAGAAGCGUCCACACGUGUUUAGUCGGAUUGUAGAUGACGAGGUGCAAAGGAUGCCAGCAGAGUGGUUCUCUCGCUCUGCUCAUAAGGUCAGCGCGCUCCAUACGGCUUUCGAGGGCGGUGAAGAGGACAAGAAACCAAGAGCAGAACAUGUAAUCUUUUAA